GUGUACCAUGUACCAUUUUAUGUCGGAGCAAACGCCGGAGCUGCGGCUCUCGGCGGAAUCACUGGUAACCAGCCACGUGACGCAGUACCUCAAGGGCUUCCAAUUGGAGGCUGUCCGCUUUCUUUACGAUCGCCUAUCCAAGCGAGAGUUCAGCGUUCUCAACGACGAGAGUGGAUUGGGAAAGCUAGCAACGGUGGCUGCUCUGCUAAGUGCUUUGGAUCGGUCGAAGAAGAUCCUGAUAGUGCUACAGAACGAUGAGCAGCUGCUUGCCGGCUGGCAGUUCCACCUGGAUACACUUACGGAUCUCGCGGUGUAUACCAUUCAAGGGGUGCAAGACACCACAGACUCGCCGCACAACAUUUACCUGGCCAAGUGGAGCAGUUUGCGUAGCAUUGGAGAUCUCAGUCGCCUUAAGUUCGACUAUAUUCUGGUAGACAAUCGUGGGCACUCACUGAAUAACAGCUUCUGCACCUCCAUGCUGCUCAAGCACUUUGAGGGCAAAGUAAACAUAGUUAUCUCCAGCGUUGACAUUACGUCCGAUGUGAAGUUGCUGUACAAUGUCUUGCGGCUAGGCGGGCGACUUGAGCAUCAGUAUCGAAACUUUCAGAGCUUCGACCGGAAGUUUCACCUGCCCGAUCCCAAAGAGGUGUUCAGCAAGCGCAUAGAUCUCGAGGAUUACUACAAGCAGCGUGGAUUUCUCAGCGAGUAUAUCAAGGACUUCCGUCUGCGUCGCUUUCGACAUCAGUUUGAAAAGAGCCUGCCGCUCGUCGCGCCGGAACAAUACAAACACAACCUCAACCUCUGGCUGGCCUCCAAGAACAGUCAGAGCACCAUCAGCGGCUCCUCGGAGGUCUGCUCCACCAUUGCUUCCCUAGAAAACCUUCCCGCUCAACCACAAGAGCUGGAUAAAUUUUCCGACCACAGCGUCGAUGAUAUCGUUGCGAUGUCUCCGCUGGUCUUUGAAUCUUCCGACUCUGAUGUCGAGGCCAUAACAGUGGAAGCUGUACCAAACCCUAACCAGGUCUUGGUAGUUUCCAGCGAUGAUUGUGAGAUCGUGACGCCUCCAAAUACGCCGCCGAAUCAAACGCCCAGCGUGAACGAAUCGCCUAGAUUCAAGUCUAAAAGAAAGUUCAGCAAGCGGAUGCCGCAAAAAAAGAAACUGGAGCUCACCGAAUCGGAAGAGGAGGACGGUGUCCCUGAAGUGGUUGUGCCCCCCAGAAAGCGUACCCGUUCGACUGCUGCUGCUGAGCCUCCCAAGACGAAAAAGCUCAACAUCCGACUGAGAAGGGUAUCCUUAGAAAGCAUACCCACAACACCGCCAGCCGCUGAGAAAGCUGCUCUGCUUGCCACACCCAAAACCGAGCCCUCAGCUAGAAACCGAAAACGAGGCCGGCCAGCAGUCAGUCCACAAGAUACGGGACGUCCAGCCACUCGAGGAAUGCAGCGAUUAACUCGAUCCGCCGAGUCUAAACUCAAUAGCAAGUACUUGAAACACUGCAGCCUCGAAGAUACCAAGAAGAGCACUCCCAAGAGAGUCAAGGCUGAUGAGAACCGAACGCCCAGGACAAGCAAAACGAGGGUGAAACAGGAGCUGAAGAAAAAGCCAGCUGAAGAUCAGCUGGAGCCCCCUAACAAGCCCGAAACGGAGACUCCCAAACGAAAGUCGGGGCGUCCAAGAAAAUGCAAGGAGGAACCAAAACCAAGUACCUCAAGAAGAAAAUCAAAAGCUAAGCCCCCAGGCAAGCAAUUUAAUCCCACGCCCCAAGUGCUUAGCGGCAGUUCCUUGUCCUCGGAAUACAUGCAAUGUGCCCAGCGGAUCCCAGACAACUUGGAUAUCAUAGAGCCGCCUGCCUUUCGGGUACCCUUCACGCCGCAACAGACGCCCUUGCUUCUGAAGCUUCCGUCUGCUUUUAAUUUACUUAGCGAUUCGGAAGUGGUAGCCAUCUCUCAAACGAAGUCCCAGGUUGAAGCGGUGGUGAUUAACAGCUCCCAUGAUGAGAGCUCUCCGCAGGAUGCCACGCAGAGUCGUCGCACCAAAGCCUUGAAACGAAAGCGGAAACCGGAGUCGCCUACCAAGUCCAGUUUCGGCGGAGGAUUGGGCUUGCCGCCGGCUAAGCGAAGUGCAAACAAAUCACCGGAUUUAUUUAGCAUCUCCUCUGAUAUAUCGCAGAUUCCCCUGGCUCAGCCAAGGCCUUCGUCGCCCUUCGUGGGUUUUAAGAUCUUUGGUUCGGAGGUAAAGCAAUUCCAGCAGCAGCAUGCCAGGACAAAUGCUACGACUCCGAAAAAGAAUCGCGAGCGCUCUUGCCUAGAUAUCCUAGAGAAAAUAUUCGAGCCACGCCAGCCACAGAAGGAGAAAACCAGCCCCAAAGUCUUGCCCACGUUGCCGCAGACUCAGAAAGAUCCUACGACAUCAUCAGAAACCAUCAUCACCCAGCGACGGAGGACGCUGCUGGAAGAUGACUUCUUUGAGAUCACCAAUAAUGGACAAUUCGGCAGUCGCAUGAGGCUGAAUUCGUCCGGAGAUGUAUCGCCUGUUCAACCGGAUCAACAGUCCGUGAGGGCCACGCAGGCCAAUAAGAUCACAAACUAUUUGAUAGGAUCGGGACUCACCCAGGAAAAGACCCAACCGAAUACAGGAACGCGGAGCUCCAUAGCCGCCGCCACGCAAGCACUACGAAAGUCUCCCAAAUCCCCUAGACAAAAUGGAAAGGCCACCCAGGUCACCAAGCUCACUCGCUGGUUCGGCUCUGUCUUCGGAGGCGGUGGAACCUCGCAGACCAGCUCCGUGGAAUCAGUGAGUGCCCCGAGUACACCGGUAGCACCUUCCACAAGUGCAGCAGCCUCUCGAACACGAGCGGCGAGAAGUGGUGGUGCCGGUGGGGGACCCACCAGACGAAAGCGAUUGGACUUGUUUAAAUAAGGAGCAAAAGAAAGACAGCAACCUUAAGUUAUAGUUAACAACAGCAUAUUCAAGGUCUGAUUAUAAAAGGGUAAAUAUUGAAUUUAAAAUGUACAUUUACUUACAAAAUCAGAUAUUUGAAAUGAAGAAACUGACAUGAAUUAAUCAAAAGCCAAGCUAAAGUUAACAGUAGAUAAACUUGUGCAAAAAAACGACUAUUGUAGGUUGUAGAAUCGAUCUGGUACAAUGUUAACUAUAAAACAUUAGCCAGCAUGAAAGUAAAUAACUAGCCAAUUUAGUUAAAAUUCAAUUUUUUGUGCACAUUUUGAACAUUAUAAACCCCUAAGUCCGCCGAUUGAGAAGACAUGUAAACAUUUUAACAUUUAUAAAUUAUUUAAAUCCCACAAGAAGUACUGAAGUUUAGAUAUGUAAACUAUUAUUUUCUAAAAGAUGAUAAAGUAUGGGUUACUAAGUACCAUAAAAUAGUUCUGAAAGCUAUUAUUUAAAUACCUCAAAGAUUCGGACUGGAAGUA